CUUCCAAGGUUCCGUCGGGAGCGAGACGACGAUUCACAUGGCGCAAUCGACUGUGAGCGAAUGCGUCAAACGCGUCGCUCAAGCUAUAGUGAAAGUGGGCGCGCAAAAUGGGUGGGUGCGCUUCCCGACGACGACCGAAGAAAAGGCGGCCGUGAAAGAAGGCUUCCUUCGGCUCGGCGCCAUUCCGGGAGUGAUCGGCUGCAUCGACGGCACCCUCAUCGGCAUCAAGGCGCCCAAGGGACCCCGCAAGGCUUCGUUCAUGUGCAGGAAGCACUUCUACGCCCUCAACGUUAUGAUCAUCUGCGAUGCGGCGAUGCGGAUCCUGGCCAUCGACCCUAUGCGACCGGGGUCAGACCAUGACUCGUUCGUCUGGCAGACGACCUGGCUGCGCCGACGGUUCCUGGCGGGGCGCAUUGCAGAGCCAGGCGAAUACCUGCUUGGUGACAGUGGCUACCCAUUGGAGCCGUGGCUCCUCAUCCCGGUCUCUGGUGAUCCUUCCGAGCGCAGUGCCGAAGGCAGGUUCAACGCUGAGCACAUCACCAUGCGCUCCAUUGUGGAGCGGUGCAUUGGCAUGCUUAAAGCCCGCUUCCGGUGCUUGCAGCGUUACCGCACCCUCCACCACGAGCCAGAGCGUGCUGCUGACAUUAUUGCAGCAUGUGCUUCCCUUCAUAAUCUAUGCUUAGGUGAGGGUGCCACUGAGCCGGUUGAUGAGUUUGAAGGCAUUGAAGACUUUUUCAGCAGCAGCACCAGCAGCGAAGAUUCUAACGGGUCCCCCAUCCAACAGGGUUUGACCCGAAACAGGGCCACAAGAAGCUAUUAUUUAAGAGGGCGCGCAGUACGGGACGGUGUCAUUGCGCGCUUUGGCACCACCCGUGCGCAGCACUACGAGUACUUGAGGAGGGUGCGCCGGCGGUUGCGACGCCAACAGCAUCGUUGGUAGAUGCGUAAAGCAGCAGUUGGAGUAAUGUGUAUUUAAGAGAUGUCAAAUAAUUGAUUUACACAUAUUAUUACUGCGUUGAUGUGUGACCUCUUUCAGGCAUGGUACAAGAAUUGUGAUGAAAAGAGAACAUAUGCAUUCUUGCAGAAAAGCCAGUGUAAAACAAAAGUAUGAACAUACACUGCACUGGAGCGUGGUCAUAUCCAUACAACAUUUCAUGUGUUAAGCUUGCUGCUGAGGGUGGGAUAAAAGCUGUGUUGUUUUUUACGCGCCAAUAUUUUGUCUGGCGACUUCUUUUCACAACUGUGUAAUGGGUGAAGCAAUGUGGCUGAAUUGUGUUGCAUAGCAUGCACUGCAAUGUUACUUUUUUUUUUACAUUCGAAAGUUUUCAUUGCUUAGUAACGAAAUGUAGCCCCUUUGAUGCUGCUGCUGCUGCUGCUGUCGAGUAUGUGCCAUUGCCCUGUAAUAUCCACUGAAAUGCAACCAUGGUUCUGUCUUUUUUACAUAUGAAAGGUCUCUCGUUUGUCUUGGCAUACGAGCGAUUGUGAUGUAGCUGUUAGAAUUUUUGCUGCUGUGAAUGAGAUGGGGAACAACUUGUUCUGCCUGUAGGUAUGUUCUGCAUUUCUUUUGU